CUGACUUUUAACAAGUAGUCGAUUGUUUUUUGCUGCAAAAAAAAAUAAUUAAAAGUCGAAUUAAGACCUUCAAAGUGCGGAUAUUAACAAAACUAAUCAGUAGACAGUUAAGAAUAAGUUUCAAAAGUUCCAGGAAUAGCUUCAAAAGUUUCGAAAGAAAAGUUUUGAAUUAUUAAUGUGAAAAAAAUUGACGCCAAAUUAAAAAAUUAAUUUGUGGCAUUAUUAAAUGAUCAGAUGGUACAAAAACUAGUUAAAAAGAUAUAACUCAUAAGCCGUGUCAGGAAUAACAUAUGAACAGCUACUGAAAUUCAGUAAUUGAAGUGAAAAAUUGUGUUUAAAUAUUGAUCGCCAUUUCGCCAUUAAUUUUAUUGAAGAUCACAGAAUAUUUGUACUUAAACAGUUUUUAAAGCCGCUGAAAACAUUUUGUUCGAUAAGAACAUUGUGAAUUGAUUAAAAACCUUGAAAAUAGGACGAAAAUUGAUUAUAAAAUUUAUUCAAUAAAUUAACCUUAAAACAGUGAAAAAUGGAAAGAGGUAGAUUUAAUAAUAGGGGAAAUUUCUCAAGAGGAGGCCGUGGUCGUGGCAGUGGAAUGAUGAGAGGUGGGGGAUUUAACAAUGGUCCAAUGUCAGGACGAGGUGGAAUGAUGAGAGGUCGUGGAGGUCCACGAGGGGGUCCUGGAAGAUUCGGAAACUCAAUGCAAGGCAAUAGAGGUGCACCAAGAGGACGUCGAGGUGGUUUUAUGAAUCAAGGAUCAGGAAAUUCAGAUUAUUUCCAAAAUCAGCAGCAACAACAACAGAAUGAUAAUGUUGUUACUGCACAACCUGAACCAGAAAAGCCAACAACUCCAGUUGCUCCAGUAACAACACAAAGUGGAAAUAAUGUUCAAGUUGUUACAACUGGAUCUUUGCCUCAAUCACAGCAACAAUCUGCUCCACAAAGUUCUAUCCCUUCAUCACAGCAACAAUCACAACAGCAGCAACAAUCUGGUCCAUCACCCGUACAGCAAUCGAUGAAUAAUAAUAAUAGUAGUAAUUCAUCAAUGCCACCAUCAAGUCGUGGAUCAUUUAGAGGCAGAGGAUUUUCUAGAGGAUCGUUCUCACGCGGACGUGGCAGUAGCUUUGGUCAAAGUGGAAUGAUGCCUAGACAGCAAUUUGAUACGCGUCAACCAUCUAACUUGACGCCUGCAUUGCCACCGAAUUCAGGACCACCAAAAAUGUCUCGUUAUGAUCAACCAAUGCAACCACCAAAACGAGGACGCUAUGAUAGCGGACCAUAUAUGGGAAGUAGAAAUGUUCAACAAAAUCAACCACCUUCUUCAAUGCCUCCUCAACAUCACCAAAGUUCAUACAAUAUGCCACCUCAUGGUCCACCAAGUUAUCAAGAUCAAACACAGUAUGGAAUGGAUCAAUAUCAACAGCAUGGAAGUGGAUAUAAUAGUAACAUGCAAUCAUCUCAAAGUGGAUAUACAACAAAUGGAGGAUCUUACAAUCAAUCAUACGGAUCACAGAAUUCGCAAUUGGGAUAUGGUCAGGAAUAUGAUCACAAUGCUGGAUAUCAAGAUUAUAGUGGCACAUCGUCCUACGAUACUCGGUACACAAAUUAUUCGCAAGAUUAUCGUCAACCAUCUUACGGAACUGAUUCAUAUGGUGGACAAGUUUCACAGGAUUCUUCGUACAAUCAGUACGACACAUCGAGAUCUGGAUAUGGAAAUUAUGAUUCAUAUUCUCAAGGUUACAACAACCAAUCUGGAUACUACUAAACAGUUUGAAAGAUAAUAAGUAACUGUAUGUGCAGGCAACAAACUGAAACUGUGAUAGAGCAGCUGGCUGUGAUGAACAACAUAAUUGCAUGGAUGUAAUUGAUCUCUACAUACAAACCCCCAAAUUUUACAUUAUGUUGACUGACUUAAAAAGACUGAAAUAAAUAAUUAUUU